AUGUCUUUGAAGGUGGAUUACAACGCCUUGAAGGCGCGGACAAUGGGGUCCGGGGCCGACGAGGAAGCUGUGACGGUAGACACCAGAGGAUUGAUUUCCAAAGUACUAGCUCGGUACUCCGGAAAAUGGACAGUCCUACGAGAAAUGAUUCAAAAUGCCGCUGAUGCCUCCGCAACCAAGGUCACGAUCAAGUUUGAAACACUUCCAUCGACCACAAUACCGUCCCCUGCGACGAAUGAUCCCACUGCACACCUUAAACAUACUAUCAACAACCACACACUGCGGCGUGUCCUCAUCUCAAACAAUGGAUCUCCGUUCAGUGAGAAGGAUUGGGCAAGACUGAAGCGGAUUGCAGACGGUAACCCAGACGAGACUAAAAUCGGCGCCUUUGGAGUAGGAUUCUACAGUGUCUUUGAUGAUUGCGAGGAGCCAUUUGUGUCUUCAGGGAGCCAGGCUAUGGCUUUCUACUGGAAAGGCAACGCACUAUUCACCCGCCGAUUAGACCUCGGAGAAGCCGCGAGUCCAGAUACCACCUUCGUCCUGGACUACCGGAACGAUUCCUCUCCCAUCCCGUCGUUGUUACAGCUUUCUCAGUUCUUAUCAAGCAGUCUAACGUUUGUCUCUUUACAAGAGAUAGAACUAUGGCUAGAUGAUUGGAAUCUUCUUCGCCUAUCAAAGAAAACCGCUCCUAGCGUUGAUGUCCCAAUUCCAAGAGAUAUCGAUACCAAGACCUCAGAGGGAUUGAUGAAAAUUAUGAACGUCACUCGCGAAAUUGCGCAAGUCGACGCUUCCUGGAUGCGCAUCGUGGAAUGGAACCCUAAUGCAAGCAUUUUCCGUCUUGAUAACAUUCGGGAUACAACAAGCUCGCUGCGGAGUUUCUUCUCCAAGUUCACCCAAGCUGCGCCAGAGAAACAAACCCAGAAGCCUGAACUCGAACGCCAGGAGGAGUCGGGUAAUAUGAAUGCUAUGCUCUCAGCAUCCGUCUUUUUGCACAUCAACACAGCGUCACUGCAACCUUCUAUCAGUAGGGAUCUGGCCAAAGAGCUGGAACGGGCGACCCGAAAGCCACCGCCCAAAAGAGCUACCCUUGCAAUCCUAACUCCUUCAUAUGAUGCCAACAUGGCAACUGGAGCAUCUUCAUCUCAGUCUGAAGUACUCUCGUCCAUUUUGCCUACUAAAUCUGGAAGGGUCUUCAUUGGUUUCCCCACGCAGCAAACUACUGGUUUGAACGCCCAUGUCUCGGCACCAUCUGUGAUCCCCACUGUGGAGCGGGAAAGUAUUGAUCUCAAUACUCGAUAUAUUAGCAAGUGGAACCUCGAAAUGCUACGCGCAGUUGGCAUCGUUUGUCGGAUUGCCUGGUCGGCAGAGAUGGCUACGAUCAAAUCUAAAUUGGCAUCGAAAAUUGGUCCAUCCCGCUCCAAAGUCCGUCAGGAUGAUAUCGUCGAUGUACUACCAGAGGCUAUCCACACUGCAAACCAAUUUGUGUUCCGUGAAUCCACGCCUUCGUCUGUUUUGGGACAAACCAUAGAGGAUGCGUUCUGGAUGUGCAACAAAAGUGCUUCUAUCGAGGUGCUUUCUACCUGCGGUGUUAUUCCAAGUCAUCAAACUCGCAUAGCUCCCAAAGAGCUCAGUUUUAUGGAUUCGAUCCCCGCUUUGCCUGAUGCCUUUGUGCUGGGCGCUAAAGACUUUGUCAAAAGGCUUACAGAUUUUGGAUUGGUGACUGACAUCACCGUCUCAGAUAUCAGGCGUGAAUUAGAGUCCAACACACUGCGCUCUAACCAAGUCGUUGAAUUUAUCACCUGGCUCGGUCGUAAAUCGAUCAGUGGCCAUCUCGACGGGCUGUCUAUACAAAGUCUGUUGCGCGUGGCAGUGGCCAACGACGAGGACAAUGAAGGGAUUUCUACCCGUUUGAUUAUCUUCGCGGAGAUUACCGAGUUCUUGAACCCCCAGCGCAUUCCCGCGGAUCUCCCCAUACCGCCAACUGUUCUACCUUUCCGAUUCACCAAAUCUCUGACCAAGCAAGAGCUGGAGGCUUUGGGCUGGGCUGAGCUGCAAAUUGUCCCUUGGAUACGUUGGAUUGUCGACAAUUCUGGCAAUCGCAGUAUCUUCUCGAUUGACCAAGAUAUCACCAAAACGGCAGCUUUCUCGGCACAGGUCCUGCCUGUUCUCUCCAAGCAAUGGGAUACGCUCAGUCCAGCGUCCAAGCAAAGCGUUGUGAACACACUUCAUCCUCAGACCAUAAUUCCCACAAAACUUGGAAUGAAGCAGCCCGUGCAGACGUACUUUGCUUCCGUGCGCCUUUUCGACGAUCUUCCCGUCGUCCAUGGCCUGAAUGGCGUAAAAGAGAAGAUCCUGGUCUCACUUGGUGUCCGCAAAACUGUGGAGCUUGGUGUUAUCUUCGAUCGUCUUAUCAACACUCCAGACUUGACUGAUACCAAGGGCGGCCCUGCGCCGAGAAAAUGGAACCAUGUUGAUCUGAUCCGCUACCUUGCGUCCGUGCGAGAGGAUAUUCCCGCAAAUGAUAUCCAGAGACUGAAAGGAACGAGCAUCUGUACUGCAGAAAGUGGAAGUGUGUCUGACGGUACUCGGUAUAAGAUUUCUGAGUUGCACGAGCCAAAGGAUGCAUUCCGAGCUCUUGGAUUGCCGAUCAUCGAGUGGCCGGGCAUCUACAACCGAAAUAGCAAUGAGGGUAAAUUCCUCACAAUGAUGGGAUUGAAAAGUCACCCGCCAGCCGUUGAACUAGUUCGGCUCAUGACAGGCGGAAGUACACAAAAAGACAGCAAGGCAACGAAGGCUCUGGCAUACUUCCUCGACGAAUACCACACAAAUGGAUAUGCUGCCUUUGACAUUAGUGCAGUGAAGGUGCCAUUUCUGCCUAUUGAAGGAUCUGAUAGCUUGAGUGUGCCUAGGAAAUGCUUCACCGACCAAGGCGCGAUCCUGUUCGGAUUUAAACUCCUUCGAAAGAGCCUACAUCCACACGCCUCGAAAUUAGGAGUCAAGUCCCAUCCUCCCAUGACGGACUGUCUUCAUGUUCUCGCGAAUCAACCUCCAACCAAUCACAAAGAUGCCCAGAUUAUUUUCAAACAUCUGGCAGGCAGAGUAUCAGAACUCAGCCGACAGGACAUAGAGCACACUGGUACGAAUCCUAUCGUUCCGAUCGUCAUCCGUGACCAGUCCGAGAAGGGCGCUAAGAUUCGACUCGUGGCUCCUCGGUUGUGUUAUCUCGGAGAAGGGGAAGAAUACAAAGAUAUCUUCGACUUUGUCAACUUCGGUCCAGAGGCCAAUCUCUUCCUCAUGGCUGUCGGGUCAAAGCGAGAACCUACAAAGGUUGAGAUUGCACGGAUGUUGGUCAAGGAGCCGGCUCGUAUCAAUGCUGCGUUCCAAAGUUCUGAAAAAUAUCUCAUGCUUCUCAGGACCCUCGCAGAGCACCUUCCAACACUGAAAAAAGAUAGGGAUCUUUUCGCGGAGAUGAAGAAGGCAAGAUUCCUUCUUGCUAGCAGAGAUCUGCCCUCUGGUGCGACAGACAAGACCAAACCCGAGAAGUCGUCUGCCAAGGACCUCAUUGACGAAGAUGACGACCUGGAUAUUAGACAAUGGGAACUAACUUCCGCCAAAGAUAUUGUCGUGGUCGACGAUUUCCAAAGCUUCAACUUGUUCAAACAGCAUAUAUUUGCCGCUCCCCAGGAAGAGGCACUGGAGGACUUCUACACUGCUCUGGGUGCCCUCCCAUUAAGCGGCCUUGUGGAAGAGCAAAUGCGCGUUGGCCACCUGAUUCCUGAUCAAACAUCUUCACGUCGGCUGCACAAGUUGAUCCUCGAACGUACACGGCUGUUCUUCCAUGAUCAACCUUCAGACUCUAUCCUACAUGACACCCGCUGGCUGGAGCAUUCUUUCAAGGUCCAGACUGUGACUGCGAUCAGCUUGACAAGAUCCUUGAGGGGACGACGAGUGUCACACACACAAAAGCGAAAUGCGAUUGUUGACCGGUUGACCACGGGCUGGGCCAUGAGUAUUCGGCCAGGUCCCUAUGACCUUUACGAAAUCAGUCAGUCGUUGGCGCAUUUGAUUUUGAAGCGGCCCAAGCUUCACUCGACGCUGACACUCGAGAUGUUGUUGAAGACAGAUCUCUUGGAACUUCGGGCUCGUGGUUACAACGUGGAGCGUAUUCUCAGACAAAAAGCCCAAGAGGCCCGGGUCGCAGAGGACCAACGUCAGAAGCAAGUCGAAGAGGAGAGACGUCUUAUUCAAGAGAGAGAAGCAUCCUGGGCGGCGAGCCAAGCCCAGCGGGCAGAGCAAGAGAGAGCGGAAGCUCAAGCACAAGAGAAUGCCAUGCCUGGCGUUUUUCCCGAGUCACCCAAAAACAAGGCUGUCUCGACAGAAGCACACGCACCACCGCCUGAGCCCAUGCCGGAGCGACCCAGCCGUGGUCUCUUUGCCAAUCUGUCGAAACGGUUUGGCUUGGAUAAUACAAAGGGCUCAAAUGAGGAGCAAUCUCGAUCUCUCCUACCUGAAUCCUCUACGCCUCCUCCGCCACCACCCUACUCCCCCAACGAACCCCACAACCAAGGCCAAGCCAAGCGCCCUGAACAAACCGUAUCCUCAGAGUCGCCGCAUCGGCUCAACUCCCAACUCCUCUCAGCGGUGCAAGCAUGCCGCCCCCACGGCUCCUCCGGCGUCUACAGCCGCCCAGAAACGAACCAAAUCCAAGAAAGCAAAUCUUACUGCGACGAGCGACCAAGUCACGACCUUGAAUUCGUCGCCACACUCCCAAAGAGCGGGUUGAACGUCCUCUUCACCAAGGCUGUCCCCGACCGAACCGACUUCCUCACCAGAAACAACGCUGGAUUCAAUCUCUUCGCCUCGGUCCUGCUAGACUGCGGCUCCAUCUUCUCCAUGCGAGCUGAUGUUCUGAGCAUUUUCUACGAUCCAGGCGGUAAGACCAUCGCAUUCAAUCGGGCGGGUAGUAUUUUCUGCAAUUACUUCUAUUUCCAGACAUUGCAGGAAAAGGCACUUUUGCAGAGCGCGACCCCGGAUCGUACGGAUGCUAUCGUUUAUUGGUGGGUGAUUCUGUGUCAUGAGUUGGCGCACAACUUGGUGGGAGAUCAUAGCUCGGCACAUAGCUAUUAUACUGAGGGCUUUGUUGCGCAGUAUUUCCCUAAAGUGGCUGGUAAGCUUGCUUCGUUGCAGCCCGCGCAGGCCCCGGUGGAGCAUGCGUCUUGA